AUGCACAGGAACUUGGCCCAGGAAGGAAAUGACUUGUCCAGUGAUGAAGAGCCACUGUUCCAGCCUAACAUAGCUGAAGACAGUCGGGUGAAUGUAAUAAGGAACAUCAACACUUACACCAGAACAAAGACUCUGGCUCAAGGCUUCCUGGAUAUGGCCCUCUUCACCGCCAACGCCUCCCAGAUGAAGUAUCUAGUGCAGCAGGGCCCUGGAACGCAAUUCUACUACUUCCUCUUUGUCUGCCUGUGCAUCUCCAUUGGUCUUCAGCUCAUUGUGGCCGCUCUGCUCAUCUACAAAGCGUCGAAGAACAUCGAGUAUGAUGAUCCCGAACGCAGGCUCAGUGACAGACUGCACCUGCUGAAUAACAUAGUGACCGGGCUAAUCCUGGUCAUCACCGCCGUCAACGUCUUCAUCACCGCCUUCUGGUUCUCCUCGCCGACGCCGAGCGCCGUCGACCCGGGCGAGGCGGACACGGCCGCCGCCGGGCAGUAA